AUGCACGCAUGCGAUCGACUUCCAUACUUAAACAAUUCUCUCUUUUCCAACUCACGAAAACUCAACAACAUUAAUUUUCCUCAAAAAAUUAAAACACUUCGUUUCGGUUGUUUCUAUAAUUGUGAAUCCUUAAAAUCUGUUACAUUACCAGAUUCCCUUGAAACUAUAUGCGAAUGGCACAAAAUACAUUUAAGUGUAUUUAAUUAUUAUUUAGAAUCUGUCACAAUUUCAUCAAACUCUAAUUUAACCUAUAUAUAUUCAGAUGGAUUUAUCCAAACAAAAUUAAAAUAUUUUUAUAUACCUCCAAAACUCAAAAUUAUCGUCCCUGCUGCAUUCAUAGGUGUACCUAUCCAGAAAUUUGAUGUUGACCCUAGAAAUCCAUAUUUUAAAUCAGAAGGUAAUAUUUUAUAUACAGGAGAGAAAAAUAAUACACUCCAUUUUGUACCUUCAUUUGUAUUAAAUAUAAAAGAUCAUUGUUUUCGCUCAACCCAAGUUACACAAGUUAUUAUUCAUGAAAAUGUCGAAUCAAUUGGGACACAAUGCUUUACUGAAACACCAAUCUCAUCAUUCACAUACAAUUCUAAAAUAACUCGAAUUAAUGCUAACACAUUUGCGAAUUGUUAUAGCCUUGAAAAUGUUACUGUUAAUGAUGUGAUAACUGAAAUCGGUCAAUAUGCGUUUUAUGGAUGCAAAAACUUGAAGAAUAUCAGACUUCCAUCAAGUUUAGUAUCAAUAGGAUAUCUAGCGUUUUCAAGAUGUAAAAUGUUGAACGAUUUAGUUUUACCAGCCAGUGUGACAAGCAUGGGAAGUUCAAUAUUUAAAAAUGCUCGAUCAACACUUGUUUUGAACUGCUCACAAAACAAGCAUUUUUAUAUGGAGAACGGAAUGCUUUUCUCUAGUGGUAAGAAAACGUUAUUUGAUUACUUUGAGAAUGAUCAAAUUACUAUUACAAUUCCUUCAGAAUGCACUUUAGUGAAAAAGUCUGUUUUUACAUCAUCUAAAAUCCAAACAAUCAGAUUUUCUAGCAGCUCCGAGAUGACAAUUGAAAAAGAAGCAUUUAUAGCAUCACAACUUAUUUCUAUUCUCCUCCCAUCAUCAUUGAAAUCACUUGGUUCUUCAUGCUUUAAGAGUUGUCCUAAUUUAGAGAUAGUCACAUUCACAGGUAUGUCAAUCACAGAGAUUCCAGAAGACUGUUUCAACAACUGUCCAAAACUUCGAACAAUCAAUUUACCAUCAUCGAUCGAAAUCAUUCACAAACGAUCAUUCUAUGGUUGCACAUCUAUUAGUGACAUAGGACUAGACAAGACAAAUCUUAAAAAGAUCUUUGAAGAAGCAUUUAAAGGUUCAAGUUUAAGUAUUGCAAUCCUUCCAUUAACAACAACAUUCCUUGAUAGUCAAUGUUUCUUCAACACUAAAGUCACCAAGUUUUCAGCACCUUGUGAUGUUUCUAAAAGUUGUUUUGAGUCAUCAGAAUCAAUUGAGUCAGUCGAUAUCAAUCAAGGAUGUGUCACAAUCAAUGAUAAUGCAUUCGACAGUUGUACAUCCCUCGUCUCAGUCAACAUAUCGAGCAGUGUUAGAACUAUUCGAUAUGGUGCAUUCGCUAACUGUGUCAGUCUUCGAAACUUCUUCAUCGGCAUAAAUGGAUCUCUCGAAACUGUUCAAGGCGGAAGUUUCAGCAACUGUCCAGACCUCCAUAACAUCACACUCGAUCCAGGUGAAGGUCACUUCCGAUUCUCUAGUGGUGCACUUACAGACUGGUAUGAGACAAAGAUCAUCUUCUUCCUUCCAAGCUCUAACAUCAACACAUUCAUCAUUCCUAUCAGCAUGCGCACAAUCGGCAGCUAUGCAUUCAUGGGUGCGACAAAGCUUACACGUGUCUUAUUCAACGGCAACCAGAUCGAAGAGAUCGGUUAUCAGUCAUUCAAAGGCUGUAUCAACCUCAAAUUCCUCUUCUUCAACCCACCAAGCCCUCGAAGCAUCAAUUCUAACUCAUUCGAAGACUGCCCAUCUCUUCACAAAUGCGGCACUAUCUCAUGUCCAUCAUCAGUCAAAAACAUAUUCCUUCAAAACUCAUUCAGCGAGAAAAGCUUUGAGAUUAAUUGUCCUAUUAAUAAAUUAUGCACAGCUCAAUGCAAAUCAAAUGAUUUCAUAUCAUUCUCUAUUUUUUUAUGUUUAUAUAUCAAUGAAUAA